AAUUUUUUAUUUAACACCUCUAAACGUAAAUAAAAACCCGAUUUAGAAAUUUAUAAAUAAAUCUCCCGGUUUUAGAACGUUCUCGAACUCCACGCCGUAGUAUUUAUUUUCAGGGUAUAAAACGCACCCAAUUUGUAUACUUAACCUCAUUUAUUAAUGAUUGGUUGGUGCCCACCCACCGACAACAUAACCUCAAAGAUAGUUACAAAAUCUCUUUAACAAAAAGGUAAGAAACCAUUUCGAACCAUGUCGAAGGAUUCAAAUAGUUUAAAAGAAAAAGGAAACUCGGCUUUUAAAUUAGAAAAUUACCCGGAAGCUCUAAAUUAUUAUUUGGAAGCGAUCGAACUUUCCGAUGACCCAAAAAACACUGCAGUUUAUCAUAAAAACGCUGCAGCUGCCUAUUUGAAGCUAAAUGAAAACGAAAAUGCUUUGGAAUCGUGUAAUAAAAGUUUAGAAAUAACUCCGAACGAUCCGAAAGCUUUAUUCCGGAAAGUCCAAGCUUUAGAAAAUUUACAACGUUUUGAAGAAGCUUAUAAAGAUGCUCGGCAAAUAUUAGUCAUAGAACCAGGAAAUAAAUUUAUCCAACCCGUUUUGGAGCGUUUACACCGUAUAGUUCAAGAAAGGAUGCAAUUAAACGCUCAAAUUUCAACAAAAAUCGAUGCAAUGAAAAAUAUUUUAUUCGACGUAUCGGGAGAUAAAGAAAAAAGGGAGGUUGCGGUAAAUAACCUUUUAGUUUUAGCCCGCGAGAAUGCAGGGGCCGAGUUUAUUUUGAGUUCAGAGAUUGUAGUCGAACUUAAAAAAUUAUUAAAAGUCGAAAAAAAUAAAGAAAUUUCGGUCGCUGUUAUUCGAAUAAUCGGAGAACUUUGCAAAUCAUCCCCGGAAAGGACCAAAAAAGUUUUAAAAAUCGUCGGGAUCCCGUGGUUUCUAGAAUUAAUCGAUUCAAAUUGCGAACAACAAGUUAACUCGGCACAAUAUUGCAUGCAAGUCAUUCUAAAUACUUAUUCCGGAAUGGAAACUAAACCGGAUACGAAACCGGACCCGGAACUUUGCAAAAAACACAAACUUGAAAUCCACACUUUACUGUCAUGUUUGGUUUAUUCGGUCAAUAACGUAUCGAUAUCCGGGAUAGCUCGAGAUGCAAUUAUUGAGUUGUUGAUGAAAAAUAUUCACUAUAACCAAUUAAACUGGGCCGAACAAUUGGUGGAUAUCGGAGGGGUGCAACGACUGUUGGAGUGCGCAAGUGAGUUAGCCGAAUACAAAUACGAAAGCGCGAUGAACAUAACCCCAUCAACCCAAACGAUAACCGCAGUUUGUUUAUCAAGAAUCUACGAAAAUAUGUAUUACGACGAGUUAAAGGAACGAUUUAUGAAUAAAAUCGACGAAUUUAUACGCGAAAAGUUAUUAGCACCCGAUAUUGAGUCAAAAGUGCGCGCAACGGUCGCUAUAACAACACUUUUAAGAGGUCCAAUUGAUGUCGGAAAUGCCGUCAUUGGAAGAGACGGAAUUAUCGAGAUGGUGCUGGUUAUGGCAAACACCGAGGAUCCUUUACAACAAAAAGUAGCUUGCGAAUGUAUCGUAGCAGCGGCUAGUAAAGCCGAUAAAGCGAAAGCAAUCAUCACUCAAGGAAUCGGAAUAUUAAAAAAAUUGUAUAAAACGGGAAAUGAUGCGGUUAGAAUCCGAGCUUUAGUUGGGUUAUGCAAACUGGGGAGUUCCGGGGGAACGGACGCUUCGAAACGACCUUUUGAUGAAGGCUCCAAUUUAAAAUUAGCGCAAGCUUGCAGGAAAUUUUUGAUGCAUCCCGGAAAGGACAACGAUUUAAGGAAAUGGGCUGCCGAGGGGCUAUCAUAUUUAACGUUGGAUGCAGAGGUGAAAGAACAGCUUUCCGAGGACCGCCAAGCUUUAUUAAGCCUCAUUGAAUUAGCAAAAACCGGCGACCAAUCAGUCCUUUACGGUGUAAUAACAACCCUUGUAAACCUUUGUAACGCUUACGAAAAACAGGAAAUUCUCCCGGAAAUGCUUGAACUCGCUAAAUUUGCAAAGCAACACAUUCCCGAAGAACACGAAUUCGAUGAUCCCGAUUUUAUAUCGAAAAGAAUUCAAACUCUCGGUGAAAUUGGAGUCACAACGGCCCUCGUGGCACUCUCAAAAACGGAAAGUGAUAACUCAAAAGAAUUAAUAUCGCGAGUUUUUAAUGCUUUAUGUAGCGAGGAAUCGCUUCGCGGUGGGAUAAUCCAACAAGGUGGGGUUAAAGUCCUUCUUAAGUUGAGUUUAAACGGAACUGAGAGGGGGAAAAAGCAUGCGAGUCAAUCUUUAGCGAGGAUUGCGAUCACAAAUAACCCGGAAGUUGCGUUUCCCGGUCAAAGAUCGUUAGAGGUUAUCCGGCCUUUAUUAAAUUUGUUACACCCCGAUUGUACGGCUUUAGAAAAUUUUGAGGCUUUAAUGGGGUUAUGUAACAUUGCGCAAAUUGAUGAAUCAGCGCGGAAAAGAAUUCUAAAAGAAGGGGGUUUCUCGAAAAUCGAACACUACAUAUAUGAGGAUCAUUUAAUGCUGUGCCGAGCUGCGACUCAAUGCAUUACAAAUCUCACUUUAUCGCCCGACGUCGUUAAAAUCUACGAAGGCGACAACGACAAAAUCAAAUUAUUAGUUGCGCUUUGCGGGGAUCACGACACCGACACAACUUUAGCAGCUUCCGGAGCUUUAGCCAUUUUAACGUCGUCAAGCGAAAAGUGCUGUUCGAAAAUCUACGAUUUAAAAUCCUGGUUGGACGGAAUCCACUGUUUAUUAGGAAAUACAAAUAAAGAUGUGCAAUACCGAGGGGUUGUUGUUAUUAAUAAUAUGAUAUCGUCGAGUAGAGAAGUCGCCGAGAAACUCAUUGAAACGGAUAUUUUAGAAAUAUUGAUGGCAUUAAUGAAAAUUGAUGAAAAUGGAAUGGAAAUGAUUAAGAAAACGGCUGAAGAAGCAUUACGAGGCGCCGAAAAAUGGGGGAUUAUUAAAAAACCCGAACAAUUUGAUCCAUUUGUACCUCCGAUUGAGAGUAAUGGAAUUCAAGAAUAAUUAUUAUUAAUAAAAUAACUUGUUUUUAAUUAAAAACAAUAAUAUAUUUGUAUCUUUUAAA